GUGAAGAAACCCCUCUACGUCACUGGCCAGAGGUUGCGUGACAGCCAAGAUGGCGGCCACAAUGUUGAGGUCGCUUACCAAACUAGGACGUCCUUCAACAAAAUUAAUAUUAAACAAUAGUUUGCUGAGUCCUGGCUGUACUGUUCUGCAAAACAGGCAGAAACAAUGGCAGCCAGAUGUGGAGUGGACAGAGCAGUUUGCUGGGGCUGUGAUGUACCCCACUGCCUUUAAUGAGAAAUGGAGCCCACCCCCAUGGAAUGACAAGGAUCCUCCUGCUGAGAAGGAUGUGUCCAACCUGACCAUCAACUUUGGGCCCCAGCAUCCUGCAGCUCACGGUGUGCUGCGUCUAGUGAUGGAGCUCAGUGGAGAGUCCGUCAAGAAAUGUGACCCGCACAUUGGCCUGCUUCACCGCGGCACAGAGAAGCUCAUCGAGUACAAGACCUACCUGCAGGCUCUGCCCUACUUUGACCGUCUGGACUAUGUUUCCAUGAUGUGUAAUGAGGAGGCCUACUCUCUGGCUGUGGAGAAGCUGCUCAACAUCCAGGCUCCACUCCGUGCACAGUGGAUCAGAGUGCUGUACGGAGAGUUGACUCGCAUCCUGAACCACAUCAUGGCCAUCACCACACACGCCCUCGACAUCGGGGCCAUGACCCCGUUCUUCUGGAUGUUCGAGGAGAGAGAGAAGAUGUUCGAGUUUUAUGAGCGGGUUUCUGGAGCCAGAAUGCAUGCCGCCUACAUCAGACCUGGUGGUGUUCAUCAGGAUUUGCCACUGGGCCUGAUGGACGACAUCUACGAGUGGUGCAAGAAUUUCUCCAUUAGAAUCGAUGAAGUAGAAGAGAUGCUGACCAACAAUCGUAUCUGGAAGAAUCGUACUGUCAACAUCGGGGUGGUUUCUGCUGAGGACGCCCUCAACUAUGGCUUCAGUGGAGUAAUGCUGCGAGGGUCCGGCAUCAAAUGGGACCUGAGGAAGUCACAGCCAUACGACAAGUAUGACGAGGUGGAGUUUGACGUCCCUAUUGGAAGCAAUGGAGACUGCUAUGACAGGUAUCUGUGCAGAGUAGAGGAGAUGAGGCAGUCCCUGAGGAUCAUGCACCAGGCGCUCAACAAGAUGCCAGAAGGAGAGAUUAAGGUGGAUGACGCCAAGGUGGCCCCACCAAAGAGAUCUGAGAUGAAGAUGUCCAUGGAGUCUCUGAUCCACCACUUUAAACUGUACACAGAGGGCUACCAGGUCCCCCCAGGGGCCACAUACACAGCUGUGGAGGCACCAAAGGGAGAGUUUGGUGUUUAUUUGGUAUCGGACGGCUCCAGCAGACCCUAUCGCUGCAAGAUCAAAGCUCCUGGAUUCGCUCACUUGGCUGGUCUGGAUAAAAUGGCCCAAGGACACAUGCUAGCUGAUGUAGUGGCCAUUAUUGGUACACAGGACAUAGUGUUUGGCGAGGUUGACCGUUAGCGUGAUGCUGCUAACGCGUUGGUUACCUGAAGAGAGUUCCCCUUCACACAUCUGUUAGUCAGGUUCUCUUCCUGUUCACUGUUCGCUGUAGUGAGACUUCAGACAGAUGAUGACUCUACUUAUAAUCAAGUGUUGUACAAUGCCCAAAUAAACCUAUUAAAUAUUUUAUGACCGAACAAUAAAGUUGUGGGUUAGGUUUUUUCACCGUCCAAACUGGAAAAGGAUGGACAGAUUUCUAACAUCUUAAACACUACUUUUAUUUUAAAACUCGCCAUUUCCUCGACUUCUCUGAAAACAUGAGCUGAAAUAAAGUAUUUAAAACAUGA